GAAGAAGGAGAGGAGAAGAAGAGAAGAAGAGAAGAAGAGUCACCGCUGGGGCAGAAACAGUUCACCUCCAGCCUCCCGGACAGCAUGAAAAACACUCUGUUGACUGAAAUUAAGCUUUUAAUUUGAUAAUUAAAAACACGUGAAGUCUUUACAGCUACAACAGAAGGGCACCGCCUCCGCGCGUUUUCCUUUAGUGCUUGAGUGAGCUAGCUUAGCCUGUUAGCUUAGCAGGACACCCACUCAGCCGUGUCCGUGUGUGCAGGACUUCACACCACCAGGAGCGGACAGAAAUACCCCUGGAGCUGCACCACAACUGACCCGGACUUUACUUUACAACUACAGCUGCACGUGUUGGAUCCAAACGCGGCUUUUGCACGCAAAGUUCUAACAAAAUAUCAACAAGGAAACAUCCUGACAAACAAGGAAGUCUGAAUGAACUUUGCUGCUAGCUAGUUGUGCAGCUGCAUUGCUUCAUUGUGCUGCAUGCUUCAGCAGCUCCGUGCAGCCUUUCCUCCCGUCCUGCAGUGCUGAUAGUGAUUAUCUGUAAACCCAUCUGAGCGUGCUGUUGACACCAACGAAGCUAGGCUGGAAGCGUGCUAGAUCUAACGUGCUAACUUGGAAAGCAAACAUUUCAGAGAUGAUUCCCGAAAAAGCGCCGAAGGAGGACGUCUUCUAUGGGUCUGGGGACCUGAAGAAGGAUGCUCACAUCCCCAGCUUCGACAAAUAUAAGGAGCUCUACUUGAAAUCCAUAGAGAAUCCUAAUGAGUUCUGGGGCGACAUCGCCAAAGAUUUCUUCUGGAAGACCAAACACACGGGUCAGUUCCUCGAAUACAACUUCGAUGUGACGAAAGGAGAAAUAUUUAUCAAGUUUAUGGAAGACGCUUCCACCAACAUCUGCUACAACGUCCUCGACCGCAACGUCCACGACAGGGAGCUCGGAGAUAAAGUGGCCUUCUACUGGGAAGGCAAUGAGCCCGGAGAUGAGCUGACGGUGACGUACAAAGAGCUGCUGCAGAGAGUCUGUCAGUUUGCCAACGUCCUGAAGUCUCAGGGAGUGAAGAAGGGCGACCGUGUGUCCAUCUACAUGCCCAUGGUGGUGGAGCUGGUGGUGGCUAUGUUGGCGUGCGUCCGCAUCGGAGCCGUUCACUCCAUAGUGUUUGCAGGUUUCUCUGCGGAGUCUCUGUGCGAGAGGAUCCUGGACUCGCAGUGUUCGCUGCUCGUCACAGCAGACGGUUUCUAUCGAGGAGAUAAGCUGAUCAACCUGAAGCUCUUAGCGGACGAAGCACUGCAGAAGUGCAGAGACAAGGGUUUCCCGAUACAGAGGUGUAUAAUGCUGAAGCACUUGUCCAGAGAAGCAGAAGAGACUCCUCUGGGCUCUCAGUCUCCUCCCGCCAAACGGUCCUGCCCGGAUCUGCAGCAGGAGAAACAGACAGGGAGGGUAAAGAAAACACGUCCUGUCCCGCAGGUCCCGUGGAACCCCAAGGUGGACUUGUGUUGGCACACUCUGGUGCGUGGAGCUUCAGACGAGUGUGAACCAGAGUGGUGCAACUCAGAAGAUCCUCUCUUCAUCCUCUACACCAGCGGCUCAACCGGCAAACCAAAGGGAGUCCUCCACACAGUCAGCGGCUACAUGCUCUACACUGCCACCACCUUCAAACUGGUGUUCGACCACCAGCCGGAUGACGUGUACUGGUGCACGGCAGACAUCGGUUGGAUCACCGGACACUCCUACAUCACAUACGGCCCGCUGGCUAACGGGGCCACCAGCGUCCUGUUUGAGGGCCUGCCUACCUACCCAGAUGUAAGCCGUAUGUGGGAGAUUGUGGACAAAUAUAAUGUUUCCAAGUUCUACACGGCGCCGACCGCCAUCAGACUGCUGAUGAAGUACGGCAGAGAGCCGGUGCAGAAGUAUAAGCGGGAUUCUCUGAAGGUUCUGGGGACGGUGGGAGAGCCCAUCAACCCUGAGGCCUGGCAGUGGUACUACAACGUGGUGGGAGAGAAGAGAUGUCCCAUUGUCGACACCUUCUGGCAGACAGAAACUGGUGGACAUGUGUUGACUCCUCUACCUGCAGCCACUCCCAUGAAACCUGGAUCUGCUACGUUCCCGUUCUUCGGCGUGGUGCCGGCCAUCUUGAAUGAGUCGGGGGAGGAGCUGGAGGGGCCGAGCGAAGGAUACCUGGUGUUCAAACAGCCGUGGCCCGGCGUGAUGAGGACGGUGUACGGAAACAAGCAGCGGUUUGAAACCACCUACUUCAAGAAGUUUCCUGGAUACUACGUCACCGGAGACGGUUGCCGUAGAGACAAGGAUGGCUACUAUUGGAUAACAGGGAGGAUAGACGACAUGCUGAAUGUCUCGGGUCACUUAUUGAGUACAGCGGAGGUGGAGUCGGCUCUGGUGGAGCACGAGGCCGUUGUCGAGGCGGCGGUGGUGGGCAGACCUCAUCCUGUCAAAGGAGAAAGUCUCUACUGCUUCGUCACGCUCGCUGAUGGUCUGACGUUCAACCGCACGCUGGAGGCCGGGCUCAAAAAACAAGUGCGGGAGAAGAUCGGUGCCAUCGCGACACCAGACUUCAUCCAGAAUGCUCCAGGCCUCCCCAAGACCCGAUCCGGUAAGAUCAUGCGACGGGUGCUUCGCAAAAUCGCCUGUGACGAACGAGACCUGGGCGACAUCUCCACGCUGGCCGACUCCUCGGUGGUCGAGCAGCUCUUCCAGAACAGAUGCUGCCCCGACGUGUGACGGCCUCCAGGAUCCUCGCGGGGAAGCUCCGAUUGCAGCCGCACGCCACCGGCCACAAACCCAGCCCGGGGAGAGAAGAAGAAGAAGAAGAAGAAGAAGAAGAGGAAGAAAAGGAGAAACUACAUGAACUUGGUCUUGUCCAACAAACAACCUUUAGCUCCUGAUGAGUCUGACCGGUGUGCAGCAGAGCCGGUGUUUAACCCCACUGUCCUCUUUAAUGUACGAACGAUCAGCAGCAGGUGGAGACACGACAUCUGUCUGGAUGCUUCACACUUCUGUAGAAGUAGUAAUCAUUUUAACAGCAGCAAAGAAAGUAUAGAAAUGACAUCAGUCUGUUGGCUUUAAUGUUUUCCAGAGUUUAAAACACACAGUGGUGUUUAUGAGAAGCCAGAGGUUGUUUCUGUGAAAGACCGUCCUGCGACUGUGUGGCAGAGGUGGAGCCGGGUAACGCUUCCUUUGGUUUGAUCCUUGUGUUUUAGCCAAGAAUACACCACAGCAUGCGUUCCCUAAAGGGACAGUUUGGAGGCUCUUACCCACAGUCGGUGGAUAAUGCGCCUCCAGUUUGGAGAAACCGAGUACCAGAAGGAAGCUAAGCAAUGUUCUGCUGCAAAACGUUACAAAUUCACCAAAGUCACACAAUAACGUAAACAAGCGAUGGAGGCAGCAGCGGACGAGCACCUCUUGUGUUCUGCGAGGUGAAAUGAAAAUAGGCAAUGGAGCGUUGAAGAGGGCUUCAGUUCCCCGUCACAGCCCUUUCUGACGGGCACGGUGAAGGUGAAGGCUGCUGCCCCCGUCCACAGCAGUACAUUGUUUAGCUCCCGUGCCUGUACUCCCAUCUGUUUCUCCAAAGUGGGGGCGUGCCGACCUCCAUCUACUGCAGGUAAACUAUAGAUAAGAUCCUCACUCAACCCCACUUCAGACAUUUUGAACUAUCCCUUUAAAGUGUUUCCACACUGGAAUAAGGCUAAUGUGAAGUGCUAUCUGUAACUGGCCUGUAGUUAAUUCAACAAGUCUCCUCCCCUCGCUCGCUGUUAUGUCAACUGACGAUUACGCUCAAUAUUUCUACUAGUUUUCAUUUCUAUUGUAAUUUUCUAAACGCGUGUAGAAUUGUGUAAUUUCUUUCUCUGGUUUUUGACAUAGGAUGUGUUGGGUAUGUCUAUUCGUGUGUCUGCACACUGUAUAUGGGGCUCCUUUUCUUUCAGUCUGGUAAACGGGGAACGUGUGUCCAGCAUCGUGCAGCUCAGGACUCCACACGGUCGGCUCCUCUCUCAAAAGCCCCCAAAAAAAGGGAAUUUCCCAAUAACUCCAACAGAAAAUAGUUUCUCAUUUAGUGUUCUCGUGUUAAAGUCGUAUGAUGUGUCCACACUCGUUCAUUAUUAAAUCAGAAUUAAUAGUUAUCUUUGAUUAACUUGAGGUAUCAAAGUCGAUCCCAAGCGGCUGUAAUUAUGUGAGAGUAUGAUUUUAAUUUAGUAAAAUAAUCAACAAAACUCACGAUACGUGAUCGUCCACAAUCUGUGGAUCAAGUCUGGAUCAUGAUAUGGUGACGUCUGUUCAAAGCUAAGAGUCUGUUAAGAAUAAAUCAUCAUUGGUGUCUUUAUUCAUUUUCCUGUUGGCCCGAGUAUUUAAGCUCUGUAUCGGAGAAAAUAAGGCUGGUGCUAUUCAAAUUAAAAUGUUUAUUGUAUACCAUAAAAAGACCAAAACCAACAAUGUGUUAGUCCUUCUAAUACUUACUUCCUGUCUUUACGCUCCACUAUAAGCCUUCUUUGUUGGUUUGAAUCUUUUUAUGGGAUUUGUUGACGGUAACACAAAUAUAGAAUAUCACCAGACUUUCCUCCAUCCUUAAAUGUUUUUUUUAUUGGAGGAGAAAAUGUUAAUGAUUUUCCAAGCAAAGGUCUUUAACUUCAUUCUUCAUGCUGAUAGACUGAAGUCAAGGUUGAAGCAACGGACCAGUCGAGCCAUAAAAUUGAGUCAAAAUCAUCUAAACAAAUCUGAAUUCUGAGCUAAUUUGGUGCUUUAAAAGGUUUCUCCUCUAAGUUUCCUUAGCUGAUUGUGAUUACAUUUGUGCAAGAUGAACCAGAAGCAGGUUGUCGUACAGAUUUCAUCAGCUUUUUAUUUUUGAAUUUGUUGCCGUUUGUUUCUCAAUGUGCCAACCUAAGUAACAGAGGAGCUGGGUGUAUACAGCUAAUCAUUGUAUUUAAUGUUUAAAGAAAAAGUGGAGCUGCUUAUUUGACAUAGAAGCUUUUUAUUUUGGUUUGUAUAAUAACUUCAGGUGACGGGACGAGUAUUGCAGUUUGUAUUUUUUUGUUUUUCUCUGUUCAUCUUCCGUUUUGUGUUUUAAUUUCUCUGUUUUUAUCAGUGUAUGCAAUGACAGUAAAUGAACAUGACUACUGCCUCUCA